AAGCGAGCAAAUGUCGUUAUUGUGACCCGAUUCGUUCGCGCAGUUUAUAAUAGGUAGAUCAUAAGUGAACAUAACUUUUUAUUGACGAAAAAUGAGUGAAACGCCUCUAUGUAUAGAUAGAGUAGCGAGGUAACGAGUGUACUGUAGCGAGCGACAUGUUUGUUUUCAUACCGGUCCGAAUUAACGUCGCGAUUGGUUCAAAAUCCAUAACUGGCCUCCGAGAGCCAGGUGUCGUUCACACCGCGGCCUCGCGCCUCGUCUCGUUAAUCACUCGUGUACGCUAUUGUUAAAGCGCGGCGAACAGCCAUCUUUGUCAAAUUACGGCGAUUCAAUUUUAAUAAUUUGUUUAGUGAUAAAAUAAAUAAUCAAAUGGAACAAAACGCAGUGUUACUGACGCAUAGUGUUGUUGAAUCGGGAGUAUCGUUACAUUCUCUUUUGUUUCACUAGUAGCUUGACGCUUAGUUGAAUUGAAUGGAAGCGAUACGACUACGGCGUUAACAACCAGUCGACCAUUAAAAAUGAUGGAUGAUGUCGUCUUUUGCAAAAAACAGUGUUAAGUGAUGGUUUUAGUGAAUAAUGUGAAGGGUGAUGUUAGUGUUUAUGUUUGAGCGUACAUGCGAUGAGAACUGCGUCGUAAUUUGUUAUACACAUUGCAUAAAUGAGUGAAAUGGCGUUGCGGAGCGCGCGGGCCCGAGCAUGCGCGCCAGUUUCCUCGCAAUCGCUAGGAACGCACUGAGUGUUCUUCGUUUACGUGCAAAUCAAAAUGGGAAGGUCGAGAUUCCCAGGGAAACCACUCAAAUUCCAAAACAGAAAACGUAUUAGUGUUCUAUCGGGAGCUGUUUACCAUGAGACUGCUCCAGAGAAUCACCCGCCAGCGCGCGGCUCUACAGCUAAUGAUUUUGCUGGGGAACAAGAGGAGGAAGAAAAGAAAGAAAACAAUAAUGAGAAGGAGGCCGAUGAAACUAGCCAGAAUAAAGUGACUGAUAUAACAAAGAAUAAAACAGAACACCAAGACAAAAACAACAGCGAUUUGUCUAAAUCCCCAGUGAGAACCAGGUCUCAGAACAAAAUGGAGCCAGUUAAAGGAGAAAAACCUAAACCAGUGAAGAAAACAGUCACUUUUGGCACAGUGGAAAGUUGUGAAGAUAUAUUUUUCCCUCUAAAGAAGAUCCCACUGAAACAUCAUGCUCCCCUUGUGCCCAUUAUAAAGAAAAAGUCAUCUUUGAAACAAACGGAGUACUCUACAUUCAACAGUAUUCUGAAACCUGCAAAGUUAACAGAUUUAAGCUCAAAAUCUAAUUCAGAACAUCAAGAGGGUUAUUUAAGGAAGAAUCUGAACCCAUUAUCAAAGCCUAUGAACAAAUUUUCUCAAUUUAGUGAAAGCCGUUGCAUGUCACCUCCACCCAGGAAUGCAUCACCGGUUGAGAAAGAUAGUGGAAGCUCUACAAAGUUUGUUUUACCUGUUAGAAGUGCUCAUUCUUCAAGAGUCAUCAAGCCAAAUAAGAAAUUCAUUGAUGGUGAGGAACAAACAACUACAAGUAGCACAAUAACAUCAAGUAAAGUACUCAAAAAGCCUAAAUUAAAGAGAUUAGUGUUUAACAACAUGCACAAUGAUGAUGACACACCUGAUGAAGAAGACACUGAGAAAAGUAACUCGAAUGAAAAAGCAAAGGAUACUCAAUUACAACCAUUAAAGUCUUCUAAUCUUUUCAAAGACAAAACAUCAAAUUCAUUUUCUAGUCUCAGUGUUGGCAAUAGAAAAGUACAUGAUCUGUUCUCAUAUGAGAAAGAACCUUCCCAGGAUGAAAACUCUAAUCUAGAGACUAUUGAAAAGUUAAAAUCACCUGAACCACCAAAGGAAGAUAGAACAGGGCAUGCAAUGAGGAAACUCAUGGACAUUUCUGAUGCAAGUAGUUCAAGUAGUACUAGCAGUGGAUCUGAGUCUGAAGACAGUUGGGACAGUGCCAGUCCUGGUGCAAGUGGAGAUGAGGAAGAAAAGCCACCACCCGCCAGUCCAGAGAAAGAUAAAUCAUCUGCAUCUCAAUUGCUCAGAGGAAAAAUAAUUCUUAGAGAAGCAAGAUUACAACUGAAUCCACCAACUCAGUCUACAUCAGCUUUAGAUGGGCCUUUCUCUACUGUAACAUCAUCAUCCUCUCCAGUUCCCCCAACAACAGUCACUUGUGGAGUUUGUGGUGCUGUAAGGUUUUAUAGGUUUGUGAAACAGGCAAGGAAAUUUGGAAUAUAUUCAUGUGAAUCAUGCCGCAAGUUUAUAUCCAAAAUGUUGAAGAAAGAAAAGUUAUCACAAAAGUCAGGUCAAGUUGUUAUGCAGUGUUUGAAAGGCGAAGGAAAUUGUCAUGUACCUCCAAUAGUCCGUUCACAACAAUGGAAGCUACUACGGUGCACUAACAAAGCUCGAUGUCCAGCAUGCUGGCUCAAGAUGUGCCUAAAGGCAUUCCAGGUACCACCUAGCAUAAGAGCUGGCCUCACGGCAAUGUUGCCUCCUUUCAUGAGGUCAGCUGUUAAAACGCCUGGUUGUUUGACACAGGCAAACCCCCUGAGAAUAGCAAGCAACACUACUCCAAAUACACCAGUGUUUGCUAUUACUAAUACAGACAACGAAAAUAGUAAGAUUUUCGGCACUAUUAAGCCAAGUAAGAAGAUUGAGGAAAUUGAAAAAGUAGAGGAAAAGCCUACUAAAGACCGUCCAGUCACUGGUGAAUCUGUUGAAGAAAUUAAUGCUAAUAGGAAGCGCCAGUUGACAAGGGUUAAAGUUAGGAAAAAAGAUAAAACUGAUACAAAUAAACAAACAGAGGACCCCAAAAGACAAAAGGUGGAACUCAAAGGCCCGAGAGUCAAACAUGUUUGUAGAAGUGCAUCUAUUGUCUUGGGACAGCCUAUUGCUACAUUCCCUACACAAGAUGAGAAAGAAAAGCAGGAGAAGACUCUUUCCACUGAGGAUGAGGGUGCUCUAUGCAUUAUGGAGAAAGACAGAGAGACCCCUGACUUAUCCAGCUGUGAAUCUGAGAUGGAUUCUGAGAACAAAGCUCCUCAGAUCAUUUCAGAUGCAAUUGUUUCUAAAGAGAGUGAUGUAGAAGUGCAGGUUGAGCCUAAGAAGAGGAAGAUUGAACAGCCAAUCCCUGUCAAAGCACAAAGCAAGGCUGAAUCUAGUGAAGAUGAAACCGUUAUGGAUCUUGUACCUAAGAAGACAUUCAUGAAGCCUCUUACCAACAUUACUAAUGUUCGAAGUAGGUCUCAGAAAUGUGGGCAGAAUAGGCCAGAGCUCAUUUGUGUUGACUUUUGGGAGAGCUAUGACCCUGAUGAAGUGUGCAGCUCAGGUUUUGGACUUAUUGGCACUGGCUCAUUCACUGUUGCUAGACUGUGCUUCCUGUGUGGGAGUGCAGGCAAAGAGAAGAUGCUGGUGUGCUGGUCGUGCUGCGAGUGGUACCACGCGUGGUGCGCCGAGGAGGCGGCGGGCGGCGGCGGCUGGACGUGCGCGCGCUGCGUGGCCUGCGCCGCCUGCGCGCGCCCCGCCGCCCGCCUGCGCUGCCGGGCCUGCGCCGCCCACUACCACGCCGCCUGUCUGCCUGCGCCCCCGCCUGACCAUCGCUCUGACUGGCCACAGAUCUGCAGUGCGUGCCUAAAAUGUAAGAGCUGUGACAGCAGCCGAGUGAGCAAGUUCGUAGGAAGCCUACCAUUCUGCGGGCCUUGCUUCAAGCUACGGCAAAAGGGCAACUACUGCCCGCUGUGCCAGGCUUGUUACCGAGAUAAUGACUUUGAUAGCAAGAUGAUGGAGUGUGGCUGGUGCGGUAGAUGGGUCCACGCCAGUUGUGAAGGUCUGACAGGCGAAGGAUAUCAGUUACUGUCAGCCUUACCACCCUCAAUCGAAUACAUUUGCUGUAAGUGUAUGCCUGUCGAUCCUCCAUGGAGGAAAAUGCUCACUGAACACCUCAAAGGAAGACUUCUUCAUCUACUGAAGCUGCUCGCUAAGAAUAAGAAAGCUUGUGCGUUACUAAAAUUAACGCCACAUAAAAAUACACCUGUACCGAACAAGCCCUACCGGCUCAUGUCACCCCAAGCUAUUAGAAAACUUCAGUUUGAUGUCGUCGAUGUUUCUAUGAAGACUUCUGAGACUAAAGUGUACAGAAACACUGCGAGAGGAAGGCGGAAUAUGCCGCAGAACAAAGACGAGUCACACGCACCACACGUGUGGCAGUGCCCAUCAUUGUUACAAGAUGUUGACAUGGAAAAGGAAGAAAUUCCUCAUACAUCACACAAAGUUGUAAAUCUGCAAGAGCCAUUGAUGCAGAAUAAGGAGAUAUGCUUCUCUACUGGACUAUACGGUACUAAAACCGAAUUUGAGGCUUCAUGUGUUGAGGUCCAUGAAAAUUAUCCUCCACAACCAAAGUCUGAGAAGGCUACUACAAUGUUGCCGACAACUAUACACGAUGACAAGUAUGAGGCGAUAUCAGAUGAUGAUGAACCCAUGAAAGGAUUCCCGCAAGCUCGUAGCGAGCAGGAUCUGAGCCCAGUUGUCUUACGACAAUCUGAAAUGGACUCUACCAGUGAUGACGGCGACAGAAUAAUUUCACCGUCACUCCUAGACAUCAAGAAAAGAGUGAAUAGUGAUGGAUAUGUGUCACUAAAAGACUUCAAUCACGAUAUGAAGGAGGUCAUCCAAAGAACAACAAGUAAUGACCUUACUUCAAUAUACAAGGACUUAUUCUCAGAGACAUUCCCUUGGUUUGACUGUGAAAACAACUGCCUGCAACCCAACUUAGAAGUUGAGGGUGAGCAGGAAGAUUCUGAAUCCAUGAAAGACCUUGCUAUUGCUGACAGCAAAAUCAAAGCUGCUGUGCAAUCUAUUGAACGACCAAUGGAUCAAAUUGUGCCCAAACUGGAAACUGACAGUGAGAAAUUGGAAGAAGAUCUAUUAGAAUUCUAUCCAAUGGUGGACUCAAGAGUGUGUGUGCUUUGCAAAGUUGUGGGUGAUGGGUCACCGUCCAUGGAGGGGCGGCUACUUUAUUGUGGACAAAACGACUGGAUUCAUUCCAACUGUGCAUUGUGGUCAGCAGAGGUCUUUGAGGAAAUUGAUGGAUCUUUGCAAAAUGUACACUCUGCCAUAUCCAGAGGGAAGAUGAUUAAAUGCGCGGCUUGCGAACUAAAAGGUGCUAGUGUUGGCUGUUGUGCUAAGAACUGUAGUGAGACAUAUCAUUAUACCUGUGCGAGGAAGGCGACUUGUGCAUUCAUGGAUGACAAGAGGGUGUUUUGCCCCUCUCAUGGCAAGGAUGUGCCAAAGAAGAGUUUACAGAAAGAUGCUGACUUUGAACUCACUAGGCCAGUGUAUGUAGAACUUGACAAGAAGAAGAAACGAUACAGUGAAAUUACCAAAGUACAAUUUAUACUGGGCUCCUUAACGGUUCAUAGCCUCGGAAAAAUAGUUCCUUCUGUGUCUGACUAUGAAGAGUUCCUAAUGCCUGUAGACUUUUCGUGUACGCGCCUUUUCUGGUCUUGUAAGAAGCCUACCAAAAUUGUGAGAUAUACUAUCAAGACUAAACUAAUACUUGCUGAACCACUGCCAGGUUUUGACUUUGGUGUGAACAUCACAGUAGACCACACCUUAGAUGUUCAUGUUGUGGAGAGAGUAAUGGCAGAGAUUGGUGCCUGGCAUGAGAGCAUUGAGACGGGCACUGGCAAGUCUGUAUUAAUGCUUAAAAACGAUAAGUCACCAAUCAAGUUUGGUAACACAGUGACAUUAGAAGAUUUAGCUGUGAAACAAGUUGUGGAAUACUUGCUAGACAAUGUUUGCAAACAAGAACAGCAGGAUGAAGAGGAGCCACAGAACACAGCUGACCUUCUCCCACCUGAAGUCAAAGAUGCUAUAUUCGAAGACCUAAACCACGAUCUUCUUGAUGGUAUAUCAAUGCAAGACAUAUUCCAAGACCUCAAAAACGAAUUCUAUUGCGCUAUGGGUCAGUCAGAUGAUAAAAGUAAUGACAAAUCUGAUUUCCGCUCAACGGAUUUCAUCGAUGAACUCUUGAACUCGAGGUUCGAAACUGGCAGUAAAGAGCUGAAAAGGAGCAAAUCCGAAAUGCUUUUACAGAGCCAUAAUCUCAAGACCUUGACAACUGGUCGCGGCCAACAAAGAUCCAGCAGUUGGAAUAAUAAGUUCGACACAAGUCUACUAUCGUCUACAAUAAAGAGGUGCAAAAUGGGUAAAACAUCCACAGUGACUGGUAAGCUGAGUCCUGUUCAAAGAGUACCUUUGACAGAGAAUCCAAUGGAUUCGAUAAAAGAGGCUGACAAUACUGAUAAGAAAGUGAAAGUAGAGACAUGCACUAGCGGUGCCAUAUGUGAGGAGGCGGCGCAUUCGUCGGGCAUCACGUAUCGUACUACUUCACCUAAACAAAAAGAGGACCCUAGCAACAGCAAGACAGACAAGAAUGAAGGCUAUUAUACUGACGUCAUAGACUUUUACACUAAAAUCCAGUGUAGCCCUAUUUCUCAGUUAGACGGUGCCGCAGACUGGUCUGGUUCGGAGAGCACGUGCAGUUCUCGGCCAGGCAGUCCUCGAGACAAUGACAAUGAUUUCACGCCAAUACAGCAACUCGAUGGCGCUGAAGACAACCAUCAUGGGAAUGACAAUAUGCAGCGAGGGCAGACCAAUCAGUUCAUGUACCGAGCUAGUGGAACUGAGAGCUAUACAGUGACGUUUGCUGGCAACUCUAUAAGCGGUCAGCCAGAACUUGUGAUGCGGCCAUUGGAUGAUGGCUCAGGUAACUCCAAUCACAUUGAACAGCCAGUGAGAUGUGACAGAUGCCAAUGUACUUACAGAAACAAGGAGUCUUACGACAGACAUGUCCCGUCGUGCGAUAUGAUGUCGACAAGCGAAAGUGAGAGCGAAAAUCCUAAAUCGCCCGAGAAUAGAACAUUGACGACCUUACAGAAUGCUUUCCAAGGCGCUUUCGCUCAGCCAAUGAUAAUACACGCAGGUGUUGUCAGUGGUACCGAAAAUACUGUUAAAGCCGAAGGUAUUGCAGCUAGAAGGACUUCUAUCAAUACCAGGCAGAUCACAAUAAAUGGAACUAUUGUGGAAACACCAUCUCCAGGACCUUCUAAUGAAAUGACUAUGACAAUAACAGAACAGAUGAAGUCGGGCACUGUGAUUUUCGACCAAAGUAAAACGACCAAUGUCCAAGUGUCUACGAACCAACAAAUGAUGUCUUCACCACAAAUAGUCGUGACACCACAGAUGCUACUUCCUCCUAAGACGAGUUCUGCAGGCGGUCAGAAGAUAAUGACGCCGCAGAUCAUAACGCAGCCUAACAUUCUACCCUAUAACAUCUGCGUGAAACCAGGCACUGGAAACGCUAAUAUACAACAAAUACAAGGCAAUGACAUGACACAGCUGCUGUCAGGACCAGGUGGUAUUCAAGUUAUAUCAUCAAACUCCAACCAGGUCCUAACAAUACCUCAGAACCAACAAGGGGGUAUGAUCCAAGGACAGAUGAUUCAAGGCAAAAACCAUGUAGCCAACUUCCCCAAUAUGGCCAGUGCAUCAUCAAUCGCAUUGCCAGUGAACUCCAUACAGGGAAUGCCUAAUACAUCUAUUAUACAAAACAUUCAACCUAUGAUUCGACCUCAGAUACAAGGCAAUCCUACUAUCGUUGUUCCUGCAAUGACAGCUCAGAGGUUACAAUCACCAAAUUCUCAAACCAAACAACAGUUAAUAUUACCAGGCAACACGCAGAAGUCUCCCAAAAAGCAACCAACCCAAGUUCAACCAAAACCAAUGUUCCAAACAACAAAUCGUGGUAGAGGACGACCAAUUCCUAAACCGACCACUAUUAAGAGACAAACCAAAAUGGAGAAGACUUAUACUACUAUCAACCAGACCCCACUAGGUCCUGGUAACACUGUUAUACAGCUGCAAACCAACAACCAGACAGGCCAGCCGUCAAUCAUAGUGCAGCCAGUCUCUAACCAGAACAUAAUGUCUGCUUAUGUAGAGGCAUUAUCGCAACAACAGAAUCAAAACAUGCAGUACAUCGCAACCAUUGCUCCACAAGGAGACUUUAAAGCUGGUCCCACCCAGUUUAUCUCUCAGAGUGGUCUAGUACCGCAAACAUUCCAAAUACAACAGACAGAAUCAGGAGGAUUGGUUGCUGUUCCGAGCGGCGGAAUACCUGUAUUGUUACCGCAAGGAAACGUUGGAAUAUUGCCUCAAGCUCUUCAACAAGGAGCGACCAUUUUACCUCAGGGUGCAAUCCAAACACAAGGCAUUAUAUCUCAGGGUCCCAACGGACCUACGAUUCUUCCACAAGCGAUACAUACCCAAAAUGGUACUACCAUCAUUCCACAAGGAACAAUACAAGGAUUGACAAAUGGAAAUAUUACGUCACAGGCCACUCUGCUGCCCAAUAACACAUUACAAACAGCAGGAGCAACGGUCGUGCCACAAAGUGGUAUUAGCAAUGGUCAGACAACUAUCAUACCGAAUACACUACAAACACAGGGCAAUACCCUGAUCUCUUCAGGCCCAGGAGGUACGACAAUCUUACCACAGGGCACUUUAUUGCCACAAUUUUGUAAUGACCAAGUACUUCUAGGCUCCACGCCUACAUUAGAAAUGGUAACGGACCCGUCUGGCUGCAUGUACUUAACGACGACACAGCCUGUUUACUAUGGACUGGAGACUAUUGUCCAAAACACAGUGAUGUCUUCACAACAAUUUGUGUCAACAGCUAUGCAAGGAGUGCUUGCACAAAACAGUAGUUUUUCAGCUACAACUACACAGGUGUUCCAAGCAAGCAAGAUAGAACCGAUCGUAGAAGUGCCCACAGGAUACGUUGUGGUGAAUAAUGUAGGAGACAGCGUGGCUGUAUCGUCGACACCUAACGUGGUUACUGCGCAAACAGUACAGUCAUCUCCCCAAUCUAUUAAGAAUGUUAAAGCUACUGUUCCUAACCUGACGUUGCAGCCGUUGCCUGAUAAGUCGAGCAAUAACAACCGACAGACACCUAAAGUAAUACAAAUGAGUCCAGCACCGCUAACAGUUGGCUCUCAAUCAGGUCCAGCUAUUAUCUCUGGCCGUCAGAGCAUAAACCCUAUUACUUCACAAAUUCACGGCAUGACUAUUUCAAGCUCGCCUCAGAACAUACAACGAGGAAACAUACCUAAACCCAGUGUUGUGUCGAUGUCUCCGAAUGUAACACUCGUGUCGUCGACCGGACAGCCUGUGAUGGCGAUCUCUCAAUCGGUACCAGCAACAUCGUUCCCUAUGCAGUCAAUACCAUUGACACAACCCAUUGUGUCGAGUUCUAUUGCGCCACCAGCUAAGACAAAUUACAAGCUCGAGAAUUCUCAUGUUAUUGAAAUCAGUGGUGGCAACCUGCAUGACAAUUCUAACAACGCAAACAUGCCUACCAUCAGUGUGACACAAAGCAUAAAAUCACCUACGCCGUGGAGGCAAAUCACCCAGCCUAUCAAUACCAGCAUGGAUAAUAAAAUUGAACACCAGAACAUUACUGUGAAGCCAAGCACUGUCAACACCAGUUCAAUGAAUAUCCAGAGUAAUGUAAUGGCUGGAAGGUCGCAUUUGAAUAAUGAUCAUGACAAGGGUAACCAGAACUGUUUGAUACAAAUGCCCAAUAACUCGAUGUCGACCAUGAAUAUGCAUUCUCACCAAUUCGAGCAGAGUCUCAAUGUGAGCCACCAUUCAACAUCACAUACUACAUCAAACAAUGUUAUUCAGAUUACUGCUGGAAACAUCUACCCACCAUCAUCAGCAAUGAACAGCAACUUUGAUGCAGAUACUUCGUUAAAGUUGAGCAAAAUCAAUGCUCUUUCAAAAACUGAAGGUGGUCAUUUGAAUUUCUCACAAGAGAUAAUGGCUUCACAUUCACAACAACAUGCUAACAAUGACAAAACUUUCCAAAACAUGGGACCUGUGGAAAACAAACAUAACAACGAUAACUUGUCCAGUCAGAUGAACACUCAUAAGCUGAGUAACUGCCAGAUGAGCAGCAAUAUCAACAACUCUCCUGCGAUCAGUAUCAUUCCUCAUAAUGUAAUGCGACCGCAGCUACAGAACAAUCAGAAUACUAUCUCUGUACCUAAUAAUCAAAACCAAAUGUGCUCGUUAUCUAAUAACAGCUCACAUGGACAAGUGCAAAUAUUGAAUUCCGGCAAUAACUCCCUACAAAAUAUGAACAUGUCGUGUCAAGAGACAACUAAUAGUAGAAUGAACAUCUCAGUGUCUAGUGACAACAGUAUGCAAUCAAACCAGCAACAUGACAUGUCCAGUUCUAUGAAUACGUCAAACAUGUCUCACAGUAACAAUAUGCCGAUGAUGUCGCAUGAUAAUAAUCAAAUCCCAGCCCCCAACCAGAUUCACAUAAUGAAUGGGCAAAUUCAACACAACCGCCAAGUUGAAAACAACCAAUUACAACAGAUUAAUCAACAGACGCCAACUAGGAACUUCCACGAUAAUAUGAUGAAUCAACAACAAAACCAUAAUCAGACAAAUAUGCUUUCCAACCGAAGCACUCCUGACAACACUAAUAUUAUGAAUCAGUCAAUGAACAUGCAUAAUUUGGGAGCCAACAGCCAUAAUAUAAAUCGGUCUGAUUUGGGCGAUCUCAACCAUAUGCAUAUGCAACAAACAAUGACAAGCAUGAACAUGCAAAAUAACCGAAUGAUGAUCGACAAUAUGCAAUCUCAUAGUAUGGGUAACAUGAGUCAUAAUAUGCAUUCCAAUAGAUCUAUGGAUAAUAUACACAAUUCCCAAAUGCAUAAUAUGCAGCAGAUGAAUCAUCACACGUCGAACAACUCUCGAGGACAAAUGGACAAUACCAUGCACGUAAACCAGCAAAUGUCCAUGCAACAGAACAGACAAAUGGAUAAUGUUGGUCUACAUCACCAACACCAGAUGUCGAAUGUGAUGCAGAUACAAAAUAACCGAACCCAUGUCGACAGCAACAUGAUGAAUAUGCAUCAACAUGUUCCCAACCAAAUGCAUAACCGACAGCAGAUGGACAAUAACAAUAUACAUAUGCAUCAUAUGUCGGGAAAUGCCCCAAAUAUUAAUUUAGCCAGCCAGAUGGAUAACUCUGGCUCUAUGCCAAAUAUUCACGGGAAUAGAUACGACAGUAACUCAAUGAACAUGCAAAAUAUGAAUGCUAUGAAUCAAAUCCAGAACAACAGGACUUCCAUGGAACAUUCUUCAAUGAUGCAACAUCAAAUGAACUCUAUGAACAACAUGAGCAUGCACUCCAACCUCAACAGUACAAUGCAAAUUGUCAAUACUAAUCAUCAAUCGAUGAACAGCUCAAUGAUGCAUAUGCCAAACAUUCCCGACAUAAAGAAUGAUAUACAGAGCUCUUGCAGUGGGAGCUGUUCCAAUAAUAGCGCGCAGUUCCCCAACAAUCAGAACACAAUGGAGAUAUGUCCCAAUAUGAGUAUGAAUACCAAUCAAAAUAACAUGAGCAUGGGCACAGGGAAUAUGCUCCAUGGCAUGAAUGUGAACAACUCGAACAUGUCCAACAAUAUGAUGAUGAACAAUGUAAACAACAGCAACAUGUACGGACCAGGCAGCCAGAACAACAUGACUGGCCACGACAUGUUAAUGAGUUGCUCCAACUCUACUGAUCACAACGUGAACAAUCUCAUGUCGGGAACUCCUAACCACAUGAUGUUAAAUAAUUCUCAAAAUCACGCUGCUAACAACCAGAACCAAAUGAUCAGCAACCAAGUAUCUAAUACUUCGCAAAUGAAUAUCAGUAGUUGCAGCAUGAGCACCAAUAAUACAUCACAAAGUCAGAGUAUUACUAACAUGGAUAACCAAAUGAAUCGAAGUACAAUCCCAGUGCCGGACCCGCCUAAGUUUACACAAGACACUCUACGAGGUAAAAAUUUAAUGGGUCCUCCUCCAACUAACAACUUAUCCAUGCCAAAUAUACCAAAUAACAAAGACUGUUCUAAAGUAAAUAUGGUUAAUAAUGAAAAGCAAAACCAUACGAUAUCUGUAAGCAACCAACUCGGAUAUUUGCAAAUGAACCCUCAAAAUAACAACAGAGUUAUCAAUUUACCUGAGAGAAACAGAAUGAACAAUGCAAAUCUGGAGAGCAACAUUAAUCAGCAUGUGCCACAACAACAUAACAUACGCGUGGUCACCAAUAACACCAACAGCAACGUCGCUGGUAUUUCGACUGAUCCUCUUGCUUUCCAACCAAGUAACGACAACAGCAGUACCAUGAUCAAUGUACCAUUCCAGGCUAUUCCAAAUAGUGCUCCUAUGAACAUUAACGUAAACUCGAGCAACAACACCGUAAAUAUCACGGUCCAGAACAAUCUGGUUGAUCCCAAAAUCGCUUCUAAAGCUGCAGCUGACAUAAACUUCCCUCUGCAGACGAAUACCAACUUACUACAAAAUCAGAAUAACGCUAAUAAUCUGAUGUGUAUGCCUGUGGCGAACAAUACGAUCAAUUUGCCGACACAGAACAGCUCGAGCAUAUCAUUACCAAAAGCACCUCCUACUCAGCAAUCUGGCAUUCCUACUAACGUCGUCAAUCCAAUGUCUAUGAGACCUAUGAACAGAGUACUACCUCUGCAUAGAGAUGGACAAAGCAAGUCAUCUACAAAGACCACCAAAACUGUUGCAGUGCCCAAACAGAGGCCUGUGAGUCACGAUAUGCCAGAUUUGAAUAUAAAAGAUGACACUAUUGACAGCGAUCUAGAAAAGGCGAUUGAAGAAUCAAAGCGUAUGAUGGAACUGGAAAAGGCCAAGAAAGAAAAGGAAGAAAGAGAAGCUGCUCAGGCCAUGCAGCUAUCAACCGAAAUACACCAGGCCAAUACAAGUACUGCUACAACGAGCAUGGAUACUGGUAGAAUCAUUGAGUCUACUGAAACCAGCUCUAAGAUGUCUUUACCCAGUUUGGAUGCAGAGAUGAUCGAUGUCGAACCACCCAAAGUGCUUACAGAAAAAGAUACUAACAGGACUCCAGUUGCACCAAAAGUGCCAAGUGCUUCCAGUAAAGUUAUGAAGAGACCUUUGGGAGACAGGAAAACUGAUGUAGAACCAGUUGCGACUAAGAAGCAGAAUAAAACAUCGAAGGAAAACAAACCCACCGCACCCAAGCCUGCUCCUGAGCCAGCGAAGGACGAUGGACCCAAACUAAUUUAUGAAGUAACAUCAGAAGACGGCUUCAACUACACCUCUUCUUCGCUGACUGACUUGUGGGCCAAAGUUGUGGAGGCUGUACAAAAUGCCCGGAAGCAAUCGGGAUUGCCACCGAUUCAGUACAAUCUGCCUGCUAGUCUAUCAGGGGCACAUAUCCUGGGACUGAACAACAAUGCACUGAGAUAUCUUGUCGAACAACUACCUGGGGCAAGCCGCUGCACCAAAUACAAGAUGCGUCAAGGACGUCAGUUAAGCAGCUGGGAUAAUGACUUAGACUUGAGCGAGGGCUUCAAAGAAAGUCCGUGGGGAAGCGCUCGCACCGGACCAAUCGCUAGGAAACAAAAUCAUGACAUGUUUAGUUGGAUGGCGUCGCCUUUCAGGGAAGAGCCACCACCGUUUGGAGGACAGGAAGGAGAAAGCUCGAUUUCUAGGCGCCUUGCAACUUUACCACCGGCUAUGAGAUUCAGACAACUGAAAGAGACAUCUAAAGCAUCCGUAGGCGUUUACAGAUCACAUAUUCAUGGACGCGGAUUAUUCUGCAAACGAGAUAUUGAAGAAGGUGAUAUGGUAAUAGAGUACGCGGGCGAAGUGAUCCGCGCAGUGUUGGCGGAUCAGAGAGAGAAGCGAUAUGAAGCGAUGAGCGGGCGGCGCGGAGUCGGCGGCUGCUACAUGUUCCGCAUCGACGACAAUUUGGUGGUGGACGCCACGCUCAAGGGCAACGCUGCGAGGUUCAUCAACCACUCCUGUGAUCCUAAUUGUUAUUCGCGCGUUGUGGACAUCCAUGGACACAAACACAUCCUGAUCUUCGCCCUGCGCCGUAUUACCAUCGGAGAGGAGCUCACCUACGACUACAAGUUCCCCUUCGAAGAGGUCAAGAUACCGUGCACUUGCGGCGCCAAGAAGUGCCGCAAGUACCUUAACUAACUAUGAACAACCGUUAAGAGUGAGUGAUUUGAUUGUGUCAAUUAUGCUUGUGUUGAUCUAUGAUCAAAGAGGUUUAAAAUGCUGUAAAACCGAACAAAAAUACUGCAAACAGUGAUUGUAGCAAUUAAUUUGUGAUAGUCAUGUAGUGUUUUUGAUCAGUAAAUUUUCCAGCCUCACAGGUUUACUUAACGAAUAGCAUAAUCCUAGAAGUACAUAAAUGAAUUAGACGUAUAACUUAGUGAUAACGUGGGUGACUUGUAAUCGGACGGACAUAUUUGACGGUUCGCCGCAAAAUAUAAAUCGAUGGAUCUCGUGAGAGUUCUAAGUAAGCCUAUUUAGAAUGUAGCUUGCGGAAAUGAAUGCUUGAUGAUGAAAUACUGGGUCGAGCACAAUUAUUACGUGUACAUAUUAACGUAUGUAAGACAAUAAGUCAAAUUCACAUAUCGCGUUACUCCCACCUCGUAUCUUGACACUUAGACUUACUGGAGCCUACCUUAUCGGACAUGAAAACAAUUUAUAUGAAUCUUAAUAUGAUCUCUUUCUUGAAUCUACCCAGUGUUAGAGUUGUUGGAUUUUAUAAUAAUUUUGAAUUAGAUUUAUUUGGAAAAUCGUAUUUUGAGAUAGGUUUUUACAUUUUGUAAAUAUAUUUUAGUUAUGUUGACUUUUUAAGAUGGAUAGUUGACUCGCGAACGGCUUAAGUGUGUGCACUUAACUUUGAUGUGAUAUGAGUAGCCCCGGAUCUGUCGGGUAAGAGAUGGUUAGUGUGUAGUUAGUGUAUAUUUGUUCCUCAUUAUGUUCUUAUAUUUUCUCUUUACUUGUGAUCAGUUAAGUCUCGACUAACAUAGCGCGUAUGUGUACAUAUAUCGAGGGAUCUUUAGGCAUAAAUAAUAAUAAAGUUAGUACAUUCGAGAGGGUAGCGAAGUUACAAGUACAAUGUUACUUUUUAGUAAUUUUAUCAUGUAUUGUAUAGUAAAAUUGUAAAUAAGAGAAAUUAUCUGUCAUAAUAAUGAGUUAAACGACAAAUCGUUUUAUUGUAGUCAUAGUGGUAGGUUGUACUUUAUAGAGUAUAUUUUACGGUGUAUAUAAUAAGUUAUUUAGUGCGCGGAGCGGGGGCCGCAGCCUCGCACUGCGCGUCCCGUCGACAUGUACACUUGGAUCACUCCCAGUUACGAAGCACGGUUUAUCAUAAAAAUGCACAUUUGUUAGCUUUAAUACUACUUCAGCAAAGCUUAAUUGGUUUUAAUUUAGAAGAUAUAUAUUUUUAAUGUUCUAAUCGAUUGCCUGUGUGUUGUUUUAAUUGGCAAAUAUAAUUUUUAUAGCAUUUUUUUCCUAAGCAUUUAUAGACUGAAUUUAAUGCAUCACACAAUAACAGUCAUCACAUGAAUCAGUCAAAUUGCUAGUAAAUCUGCUUCACAAUUUAUUGUUUUAGUAAUAUACAGAUUUAGAUGCAGAAACAAAGACACAUUGAAUUGUUUUGGGUACCAUGCCACACAAUAACUGUUAACUAUACAUUUGUUACUGCAUCUAAUAAUAGCAGUAUUAAAAUAACUUGUAUGUGUCCCCAAGUAUUUUAUAGAUAAAUUCAAAUAGGACAGAUUAAAGUAGGCCCGAAUUAAGAGGUAACUAUUAGUCAUUUUUAAAUUUGUACGUUAGAACAAGAUGCACAUGAUAAUAAAUGUUCCAUAUUUCUAAUAUAAUUAAUGGGUCAUAUACUUUUAAUGUAAUACUGUAAUCGAGGAGAACCAAGGAAUGUGAAAAUUAAAGGAAUUUUAAUGUUGAAUUCAUCUGGUAUGCUGUCAAUAAGGUCUCUAUAUUAAACAACUGUAGGUAGAUAAAUAAUCAAAAUAGACCACUUAUUGAUAAUAUAUCUUAUUAGCAUGACAUUAAAAGUUCUUUUAGAAGUUUAGCUACAUUCACUUCUUACUAUAUCCACUCUUGUUUUACGUGGUAUUAUAAAACUAAAUAUACAAUAGCUAAGGUAAAAUUUUGGUGUUGUAAUAAGCUGUGCAUAUAAUUGACGUUUAAAUAUAUAAUGUGCUACAUACUUUGUUAUACAGGUGUCUUGUUUUAGCGGAUGUCAGAGCCUUUGUUUUAUUUUGUUAUGGGCAGUUUGUCUACUUUGUAGAAUAUUAUUUAAAAUUGUUUUCGUGAACUGUGUUAUUUAUUAGAAUUAUUCACAUUUUAUGUGAUCUUGUACAGCCAUCAAGUAUAAGCUAGACAUCAGUCACAAUAUCCAUUUAGUAAGUGGAUCCGAACUUGAUAUUUUAGUGUUAUUUAGUUGUUAUUAGGAAAAGUAAUUCCAAAGCGGGAUUUAUCAUUUUGAUCAACAUAUCUACUAGUUUAUAUUGCAUAAUAUUGAGCCACUUUCGUAGACAAACAGCCUGAACUUCAGAUGUAAUUUAAAACUAAAAAGAGAUUGCUGAUAAACAUUCUGUUGUAUGUAAACUGUGUUGACUGUGUUCCCAUCAGUGUUUUAAAUUGAUAUUAUCCAGCCAGUAUGGAUAUAUCUGUAGACUAGUCCUAUCGGUUUUAGUACUGAAAUGAUGCGAACGUAGCCAUAACGGUUAUAAGCCAUUCUUUUUAUAAAAAGGUUGUUAUAUUUUGUUUACAUUUGAUACGAGAAGUUAGUCGAAGUUAUAGCCUACAUCGAGUUUAUGAUAAUAAAAGUACAGGUAAUUUUAAUCACUUGAUUAUUAAGAUUAACACAAUAUUUUUAAAGAUGUAGUUUUUAUUUUGUCAUAAGAUUAACAUGCGUUUCUUUUUCCUCUUUCCUCGACAUUUCUUUUGUAAAGUUAUUUUACAGAUAUAACCGUAAUGGUUAUGUCGAUUUUAACAAUGGACUAUAUCAAUUGUAAAUGUUUUAUAAUGAAGUUGAUUUGUUUGGUAGACUCAUGAAUGCUUUAAAAUUGUGUAUAUGUGCAUUUUGUUAGUCGUGUGUACAGUGGCGGUGCGAGCCGUGGUUGAUGUAGGGAGAGCUGUUGAGUUCAGUAUAACAUCAAGUUGUUUAAAUAAAGAAGGCUCCCAGAGACGCAGGCUCACUCUUCCAUUGGCAAUCGCUCCGUGACUCCAUGUAUAUGUUCCCGAUAUUGUGAUGAUUAUUCUAAAUCAACGAAUUAAUGAAAUUGGACAACUAAAGACCUAAUUAGACAUAUUUAAUCAAUUGGACUAAAAUCACUAUAUCACCUGAGAACACCUACAGGAAAUGAAGCGUCAACGGUAGUUGGCGAACGUUCAUUUUAUUUUGCCAAAUAAUAUUUCCGUUCUCUAGUGAAUGUUAUAGUAUAUUUAGAAUUGCAGGUUAGGUAAUCAGUCAUGGGCCCAGACGUAGCUUCACUUUAGCGGCAACAUAUACAUAAAAUUGAAUUAAUUAGAAAUCAAAAGACCAAAUCACCAAGUGAUGAAUCAUUUUGCGUUAAUUAUUAAGUGUAUUGCAUCUGCCCUUGAUAUUAUUUGUGUUAAAAGUAAUGCUUUUAUUUUUAAAUGUACACAAUGCCAUUUUGCCUAAUGUUAUUAUAAAUUAUAAUGAAAUUGCUUUAAAAGCACCAAUUUUACAAUGCAUAGUUCUAUGACCUGUCUAUACAUUUUAUUACUUUAUUUAUUUCUAUCAUUAUUUUGUAUUGUGGUAAAUUUUACCAAAAAUAAAAAUACUAAAAUGUGCUUUA